CUGUUUUGAGUUAACGAAACAUCAGCAAGUUUCAAGUGAUAGCAUUGAGGCUAAUGUUGAGGGCGUGUUGGAAUGUGAGCGCUUUGGAAUAGCAACUAAAGCUAUCUAACUUGACCCAAGUUACACUGAGGACAUGACAUAGUUCACAGUGUUAUAGUUGCAAUAUUUCUUUAGAAAUUUGAGAGCAUUUACUGUUCGCUAUGGCUACGCGAGAGAUAAGGCAGUACCGAAAGGCAACGAUGAUGUUCAAGCAAGAGCAGGACUACGAUUCUGAUGCGAUGGAGUCGAACAUUUCAUUUAAAAAACAUGAUGGACGUGAGCCUCAAGUCAUCCACAGUGGUCAUUUUAUGGUGUCCUCUCCUCAUACCGAUCACCCUCCGAAGAAAGGUUACGACUUAUACACUGUUAAUAAACAAACCUGCCAGACGUAUCACUUUGGAAAGACUAGCACAUCGCAUCUAUCCGUCGAUGCUUCCCUGAUGAAGCUCUUUUGAGUGCAUGACCCUUGCAUACAGUGGGAGGUUGGUGUCACCAAAAUGGAAAAACUUCAAAGGUCUCAAGCUGUUGUGGAGGGACAAAUUUCGCCUCAACAAUGCUAUCUGGAGAGCCUGGUAUAUGCAAUAUGUAGAGAAGAGACAGAAUCCUGUUUGCCAUUUUGUCACACCUUUGAAUGGCAAUAUGGACUCAGGAGUGCAUCGACCAACAGAGGCAGUAGCGACAGAAGAGGAGUACUGGAAAAGGCGAAUUGAAAUCGUCAUCAGAGAGUAUCACAUGUGGAGAAAAAUACUUCAAGAAAAGGUUACAGAAGCACAAGGAUGAAGACCUUUCCAGCCUUCUCAAGGAAAACGACUCAAGCUCUGCUGGGUCUCACUGGAUGACCCGGGUCCACUUGGCGACCAAAACAAACAUGUCCGUGGACUCUGGUCCCCGCUUCAUGCCAGUGACAUCAGGAGCACUGCUCCGGAUUGGUGGGGGCCUCCCACCAUAAUGAGGGCGCCUCGGGACCGCAACCUUGCACUUGGGCCAGGGGCACUGGGACAACACCGGGAGCUCUGUGGUGGUGCAGCGGGUGCGCUGAGUUUGCGAGGGCAUUGACCCGAGGGAGAGCAUGAGCGAGUUGGAGGUGCUACAGAGGCCUGCCUUUGCUUCUGUGCCACCUGAAACCUUAAGGGAAGGCACUAAUGGUGUCACCAAACAAGCGCUGUUGAGACACCAGGGUGUCUAACAGCACGGCUUUGUCCCUCUCACACAUCUCCAACAAAUUAAGCCAGAGAUGGCGCUCGCCGGACACCAGACUACCCAUGGAUCUACAGAUGGCUUGGGUGGGGAUCUUGGCAGCCCAGAGAGCCAUGUCAGUGGCACAGCACAGCUCUGUGAAGGACUUGGGUUCCGGCCCGCUCAUGUCUAUUUCCCUGAGCAGACCAGGAUGUGCAAAGCCAAGCCAGCCUAACCGCCGCUCUGUAGGCCUUGCCUAAGAGAGUAGAUUUCAUCCUACAGGGCCUAGAUGGAUGAGUGGGCCUGGAUUUCCAUGCCGGGGUCGAGGAGGAGCACUGGUGGGCCGCUACCACCUCUUCAUCCAGAGUAAUCAAUGUAUAUCCCCGCUUCACAGUGCAGUACAGCAUUGUGAAGGCCGCGACUCCCCAGAUGAGGCUCCCAUGUCUUCGAGAGCUCUUCAUUUAGUUGUAUGGAUUACAUUUUUGCUGCCUUUAUGUCUUUUUUGGACCUUCAAACUUCUGGCUAUCAUUCACUUGUAUUGUGAGGACCUACAGAGCUGAGAUUCUUUGUUUUCUGCAGAAGAAAGUCAUACACAUCUGGUAUGGCAUGAGGGUGAGUAAAUGAUGAGAGAAUUUUCAUUUUUGGGUGAAGUUUCCCUGCAAUGUCUUUCAUUCAGAUUAAGUUAGUUUCAUUGAGCCAGCAUAAUUUAGUUGGAUUAGGUCAAAUCAUUGUACUAUAGUAGUUUUUACUCAACUUAAUUAGAUUUGUCAAACUCAAUUUACUAAGGUUUUUUAAGCAAUUUUUUUGUGUUGGUCCAACUUAAUUUAUUUUAUUAAUCAUUAGUAUAUGCCAGGUGAGCAAGUGUAAGGACAGUGAAACUGUUGCACUGUCAAUUUAAUAGCAACUGCUUAUAGAACAAAGAGGCACUCAAAUCAAAUAUCACUUGAAAAUCAAAGUCCCUCCUCAACCUAAGCACAAGCACCAUUCAUCACCACACUGGUAACCCCCAAAACUCCAGCAUAGCAGACACUGUUUUUAAAUACUAGUAUAACAGAACAUUAAACUCCUGUUCUCAACUUGCUCAAAAAUGCAUAAAAUAACACUUAAUUUCAACACUUGUUUAAUGCUACAUUAAUACCACAAACAUUAUUCAUGUAGUCCCAACUCAAUUGUAUUAAGUAAACUUCCAGUUUACAGAUUUAAAUGGAUAGAAUGCACACACACACACACACACACACACAAAAGAAUGUGACAAAAUGUUCUAGAAUUGUGUUGCUUUAGUUUUAAUUAAGUAAUCUGAACAAGGAGCAAAAACAAGUUUUGUAUGUGUAUAUAUUUUUUUAAAUAAUGAAGCAAACAUCAUUCAGUAUGCACUGUCUAUUCAUACAUAGUCACAUUUUUGCCAUUAUUUUAAGAUACUAAUUUAGGACAUGACCAUAAGCAUU